GCCCAUUUCUGAAUAGAUGGGCCGGUGGCGCACUUCGCGGGGGGCGGUGGGGAGCAGGUAGAAGAUUGGCGGCCGGUUGGCGGAGGUCGAGGAGGGGAGGAUUGAAACCCUGGUGCCGUGGCGACUCUUCUGGCGAGAUGUUGAUGCCCAAGAAGAACCGAAUUGCCAUUUAUGAACUCCUUUUCAAGGAGGGAGUGAUGGUGGCCAAGAAGGAUGUCCACAUGCCCAAACACCCUGAGUUGGCAGACAAGAACGUGCCCAAUCUUCACGUCAUGAAGGCCAUGCAGUCUCUCAAAUCACGAGGCUACGUAAAGGAACAGUUUGCCUGGAGACAUUUCUACUGGUACCUUACCAACGAGGGUAUCCAGUAUCUGCGUGAUUACCUCCACCUGCCCCCUGAGAUUGUGCCUGCCACUCUGCGCCGCAGCCGCCCUGAGACUGGCAGACCACGGCCCAAAGGUCUGGAGGGAGAGCGACCUGCAAGACUCACACGAGGGGAAGCUGACAGAGACACCUACAGACGAAGUGCUGUGCCCCCUGGUGCCGACAAGAAAGCUGAGGCCGGGGCUGGGUCAGCAACUGAGUUCCAGUUCAGAGGCGGAUUUGGUCGUGGACGUGGUCAGCCACCUCAGUAAAGUUGGAGAUUGUUUUGUGUUGAAUAAAUUUGUAGCCAGAAAAAAAUUAA